AUGGAUCAUCAAUGGCGACCAAUACCACCCCCUCAUCCUGCCAGUAUCUGCCCUAUCUGCUCUAUUUCUCACUUCCCAUUCUGUCCUCCUCCUCCUCCUCCAUACAAUCAAAACCCUAGAUUCCCACCUCCACCACCACCACCACCACCACCGCCCGACCCGUAUUAUUCUUUUACUGCCAACCCAUACGCGGUCGUCAAUCCUAACCACGGGUGGCAGUGGCACAGAGAAGACGGAUAUGGACAUCCCAAUCCCAAUCCCAAUCCCAAUCCCAAUCCCAUGUAUGAUUAUUAUAGGAAUAGCAGUACGAGUUGUAUUAAUGGUGAAGCUGAUCGGAGCUAUAAGAGGCCUAGGGUUGACGAUGGCAUUGGAUCUGGGAUGUUUGGAUACGAGAAUAAUCAAAAUUCAGAAAGGUUUUCAUCGGAUGACGAGCGUAGAUUGAAGCUGAUUCACGAUCACGGCAACACCACUAAACUGUACAGUCCUUUUCCACCUACCCAAGAUGAUAUGAAUAAUAUUAGUAAUAGCAAUAAUUGGAAACCUCAGCCAAUGCGUAAUUACGCCGCCACGAGGCUGCAUCAGCUGCCAAUUGAAAGUGGUUACUUACCAUACCAUGAAAAUAAUAGGGUGUUUGGGGGACAGCCGCCGCCGCCGCCGCCACCACCACCUCUUCCUGCUUCGCCGCCGCCGCCUCUUCCAAUGGAACCACCACUCCACCCUUCACCGCCCAAGUCAUCAUCUUCUUUGUUUCAUGUUCCUGUUAAUUACUCAGCUAGUAAUCCUUAUUUGCAUAACAACUCAACUGGCUUUGUUUCUGAGGAAUGGCAACAAUCCUCUGGACAAACUUUUUUGCACAAAAAAUUGUCUCCAGAGAGGCCAACAAUAGUUGAUGCUUCACACUUGUUUAAACUGCCUCAUCGUGCAACCCGCCCCAAUCAUGUUGUUAUAAUUCUUAGAGGGCUUCCAGGUAGUGGCAAAAGUUACUUAGCAAAGAUGAUGCGUGACCUUGAGGUUGAAAAUGGUGGUAAUGCACCCCGAAUUCAUUCUAUGGAUGACUAUUUCAUGACUGAAGUUGAAAAGGUUGACAGUGAUGCUUCAAAAUCAUCAAGCUCUACAAGAGGCAAGAAACCAAUUGUAAAGAAGGUCAUGGAGUAUUGUUAUGAACCUGAAAUGGAAGAGGCUUAUCGUGAAAGCUUGUUGAAAGCAUUCAAGAAGACCCUUGAGGAGGGAAUUUUCACCUUUGUCAUUGUGGAUGACCGCAAUCUGCGGGUAGCUGAUUUUGCUCAAUUUUGGGCAAUUGCAAAGGUAUACCCUCACUUCUUUCUUGUCACAAGCUCUGCGAGUACAUAUGUUCUCAUUUCCCAAUGUCCUUGGAAUAUGUUGAAGAAUGAGAGAUCAGGCUAUGAAGUUUACAUAUCAGAGGCUUCAUAUAGAGACCCUGUGGGUUGUGCUGCUAGGAAUGUGCAUGGUUUUACCAUUGAUGAAAUACAAAGGAUGGCUUGGCAGUGGGAAGAAGCUCCAUUGAUAUACACACAACUGGAUAUCAAGUCAUUAUUCCGGGGAGAUGACCUGAAGCAAAGUGGAAUUCAAGAGGUUGAUAUGGAUACUGAAGAUGGAGACUUUGGUAAUGAUCCACCAAGACUGCUGGAAGGAAAGACCGAGAAGACUGUAGUCCCUCCUGUAGAAGAUGAUGCACCUUGUGUUCCUUCAAAAGAUGCUAAAAGAUGGGAUGCCGAAGAGAACCAUCUUUCAGGAUUGAAAGAGUUGGGUAAAAGUAAAUGGUCGGAUGAUUUAGAUGAAGAUGAUACACAAGGAUCUGAAGGCAAGAGAGCUAAUAAUGCUCUUUCUGGGUUAGCAUAUCGAAAGCAACGAAAAUCAGUGCAUUGGAGUGACCAGGUUGGGGAUACUGGGUUUUCUAUAGGUGCAGCAAAGAAAGGAAAUAUGUUGUCUUUAGUUAUUGGCCCAGGUGCUGGAUACAACUUGAAGUCCAACCCAUUAUCGGAAGAGGAGCGGCCAACUUCAACCUCAAGCAUUGGGAAAUCAAGGCAUAGCAUAUUCCAAGAGCGACUUCGUGUGGAGCACGAGUCCUUUAAAGCUGUUUUUGAUCGGAGGAAACAGCGUAUUGUUGGAUUGGAUUCCGAGGAAUGA